AUGCCAUUGGUGGAGCGUAUAGAGCCAGGGCCCGACACAAUUAGGGUUCUACUAACGACUGAUAACCAUGUAGGAGCAUUUGAAAAUGAUCCGAUCCGAGGAGAUGAUGCCUGGAAAACAUUUGAUGAAAUCACCACCAUUGCCAAAGAUAGAGAUGUUGACAUGGUAAUUCAAGGAGGAGAUUUAUUUCAUAUUAAUAAACCUACGAAAAAAUCCAUGUAUCAUGUGAUGAAAUCACUUCGAGCCAAUUGUAUGGGAGAUCGUCCAUGUGAAUUAGAAUUAUUGAGUGAUCCAACUCAAUCAUUAAAUAAUGGAUUUGAUGAAGUUAAUUAUGAGGAUCCAAAUUUAAAUAUUUCUAUCCCGGUUUUUGCCAUUAGUGGGAAUCAUGAUGAUGCUACUGGUGAAUCAUUAUUACUGGCAUUAGAUGUUUUAGCAGUCACAGGAUUGAUUAAUAAUUUUGGGAAAGUGAAAAACACUGAAGCUAUAACUGUUUCACCAAUAUUAUUACAAAAGGGAGUGACAAAAUUAGCAUUAUAUGGAAUGUCUAAUGUAAGAGAUGAAAGAUUACAUCGAUUAUUUCGAGAUGGUGGAGUUAAAUUUCAACGUCCCAAUUUACAAACAGAAGAUUGGUUUAAUUUAUUUGUUAUUCAUCAAAAUCAUGCUGCUCAUACUUAUACUUCUAGUAUACCUGAAUCAUUCUUACCAAAUUUUCUUGAUUUUGUAUUAUGGGGACAUGAACAUGAAUGUAUUCCUCAUCCGGUACAUAAUCCAGAAACCACAUUUGAUGUAUUACAAGCAGGUUCAUCAGUUGCCACUUCAUUAGCUGAAGGUGAAGUGGCAGACAAAAAAGUAUUUAUUUUGAAUAUAAGGGGUAAAGAUUAUUCUAUUGAACCAGUUGAAUUGAAAACAGUACGACCAUUUGUAUUAAGAGAAAUUGUGUUACUGAAAACUGAUCUUAUCCCUGGUGCUGCUUCUAAAGCUGAUGUCAUUGCAUAUUUGACUGAUGAAGUAGAAAAAGCUAUUAAAAGAGCAAACAAACAUUUUAAUAGUCAAAACAGUUUUGAUUCUAAUCGAUCGAUUAAUCUUUCUGAAAUGCCAUUACCAUUGAUUAGAUUAAGAGUGGAAUAUAGUGGUGGAUAUGAGAUUGAAAAUGUGACAAGAUUUUCUAAUAGAUUUGUUGGUAAAAUUGCUAAUGUUAAUGAUGUAGUUCAAUUUUAUAAGAAAAAAGCCAUAUCAAGAACUGAUACAAAAUUAUCUCGGAAAACCAAAUUUGACGUUGAUUUGAUUGAAGAAAAUUUACAUCAUAAGAAAUCUACUGAAUUAGAACUUCAAGAUAUAAUUCGGGAUUUUUUACAACAAACUCAAUUGACAUUAGUUCCUGAAAUUGAAAUGAAUCAUGCUGUUAAAAAAUUUGUUGAAAAUGAUGAUAAACAAGCUUUAAAUCAAUUUAUUAAUCAAGAAAUUAAACGAGAAACGAAAAUGUUGUUGGAUAUUGAUAUUGAUGAGAAUGAAUUCCAUGGAACUGAUGAAAAACAAGCUAAAACAACGUUUAAACAUGUAUUACUGCAAUUGAAAAAUAUCAAUGGACCUAUCAAUGUAGAUUAUGAACCUGAACUUGAACCAACAAACAACAACAACAAUAACAAGAAAUAUGUUUCCACUCGAAAGAAGAGAGAUACCACCACCAAAAGAAAGAAAAGUACAGCUACUAAAAGAACAACGAAAAAGUCCAAAAGUGAUGACAUGAUUAUAAGUUCAGAUGAUAGUGAUGAUUAUGGCAAUGACAAUGAAGAAGAAGAAGAAGAAGAUUAUGAUGAUGAUGAUGGCCAAGACUCUGGUAUUCGUUUGUUUGUGACUGAUACUCCUGAUAUCAAUAACACUCGUCGAUCAAAAAGUAAUCGAGUUAAAAGACCAACUAGUUAUGUUGAAGAUGAAUCAGGAAUACUUAGUGAUGAAGAUGAUUAUGUUCCACCUUCUAAAACUAAAGAGAAAACCUUCAGGAGGAAAAGAAUAUAA